UAAAAGCGAUGGGUACUGAGCACGAACUGGCCAUGACCAUCGAGCAAAUGCAAAAAACCGCAACAGGAAUUCGUAAUACUUGUAUAACGAAGACUGGUGUAAAAGCAGAGCUUGUGGACGGAAUGAAGACUGGCCAAUAUCCGGAAGAUCACGAUCUACAGUGCUAUACGCAGUGCGUUAUGAAAACAAUUCGUACGUUUAAAAAUCAAAAAGUGGACGUGGAUAUGGUAAUCAAGCAAGUCGAGAUGAUGAUGCCGAUCGAAUGGCAAGAUCAAAUGAAAGCUGCGGCGAGAAAGUGUGGAGCGUUGGAACCCUCUGACGACAUAUGCGUUACGGCCUUCAACUACAAAAAAAUGAAUAUAGAUCAAAUAAGAAACGUAGUAAAAUCUGCGAGAAAAACUUGCGCAAGUCAAAUCGGUGCUUCGAAAGAAUUAUUGGAUAAUGCAGUACAAAAAGGUGAAUUUCCACCCGAUCCAAAGCUUCAAUGUUACUUUAAGUGCAUACUGGUAUUAUCCAAAGCUAUGAAAAACGAUCAAUUACGGCCAGAAGUAAUGAAAACACAAGUCGAAUUGAUGUUAAUCGACGAAAUAAGCGAACGGAUCAAAGAAACGAUCGACAAAUGUUACCCGAGUAUAACCAGCAGCGAUGCAUGCGAAGCCUCAUGGCAAUUCGUCAAGUGUUAUUACGAAACGGAUAGUUCGGUAAAUCUAGAUGGCAAAGAACACGGUUUAAGAGAACUUCAGAUGCGAUUUGUAAAAAUUCAAGAACUAAACGAAAUUGUAGAAGAGUUUAGAUUUUAG